AUGGCCAAGCGAAGGUACUGGCCUCGAACAUCGCCUCCCAGGAGAAUCCUCCGCGUCGCCCUGAGACAAGAGACAUCCAAGAGACAGGAACUCGAGACGAGACUGUCGACGACCCUGCGAGACCAGCAGGCGAGACUCGACGAGCUGUCGUCGACGGUGAAGGUCGUGAACGACCACGUCACAGCCCUGGACAGGACGAUACAGGACGAGAUCCGGCUUCGAGAGGACGCCGAGCUGAAGGGCGAAGGGGCCUUUCUGGAAUUGUCCAAGAAGGUCAGGCUGAUCGAGGGCGACCUGAGUCUCCUGGUUCUUCUGAACUCGCGUUUGAGGGAACUCGAGAGUCACAAUGGCGUUCAGAACGAGGAGAUACUCAACCUGCAGAGCGCUGCCUCGCAGUUAAGGAAAGCCUUCCAUCAGGAGCAGAGGGCAGCCAGGACCCUGCAAGAGAGCAUCGAACCGCUGGCCUUCAUUUCGUCCGAACACUCGAAGUCCAUCGCUGAUUUCGACCAUCGCAUCGGCCAGUUGAAGACGUGGUUGAUUUCCCACAAUGAGAGCGCUUGGGAAGAGUCCGCCAUCUUGAGAAGUGUCAGAAGCGACGUGUUGCAGAUAACGCAAGAUCUGGCUGACAUCGAAAUGGCAAUUGCAAAUCUGACAGAGUCUGUUAUCUAUCUCCAUCAUCUGACACCGCAGAGACUUCUCAAACUCUGCCCAAAAGGCUACAGGAAAGUGGGCGAGGACUGCCUGCAGCUGAUCGAAUCUCGAACCUCUUGGGAGAUGUCCAGACUGAGAUGCGAGGAGCUGGGCAUCCAGGCAGGCGGGAUUGGUGACCUGGCCGUGCCGACGAGCGUACCCGAAUUCAGGACGUUCAUCGAUAAAAUUGAUCCAGAAUCCGACUACCUCUGGGUCGGCGCCUCAAGAGAACCCGACGGAAUCUGGAGGUGGGUGAACGGAGCGCUCCUGGAGCAGGAAGAAUUCCCCUGGGACCUCGGCGAACCGGACAACUACGAGAACCAGCACCAGCUCUGCGUGAAGUCCGCCGGGAACAUCAAGUUCCACGACUGCCUCGCCGAGGCUAAUAUCGGAGCCAUCUGUCAGCUGGUUUAGCUUAGUCUCUCUCUCUCUCUCUCUCUCCCAGCUCUCUUUCCUUCCAGCUUCUUCUUCCAGUGAUCUCCUCUUCCAGCUAUCUCUCUCUUUCCAGCUCUCUCUCCUUCCAGUUAUCUCUUCUUCCAGCUAUCUCUUUCCUUCCAGUUAUCUCCUCUUUCAGCUCUCUCUUUCCAGUUCUAUCUUCUUCUAGCUCUCUCUCCUUCCAGCUAUCUCUCUCCUUCCAGUUAUCUCUUCUUCCAGCUUUCUCUCUCUUUCCAGUUCUCUCUCCUUCCAGCUUCCUCUCCUUCCAGUCCUCUCUUCUUCCAGCUAUCUCUCUCCUCCUUCCAGCUCUCUCUCUUUCCAGCUCUCUCUCUCUCUCUUUCCAGUUCUCUCUUCUUUCUGCUCUUUUUCUUUCCUUCCAGCUCAUUAUCUCCUUCCAGCUCUCUCUCUCUCUCUCUCUUCCAUUCUUUGAGGCCAGGAUCUAGCCAUUGAAGGCGACUCCGAUCUACGAGUAAUGGUUCGUGUGAUAUUUUGUAAAAUAAGCGUAUUCAGUAUCAUGAUGCAUUUCACCCUAAAGUUGAUAUUCCCCCUUCUACUUUUUUUUAUUUGUAAAUAUUGCAUUGUUGUUGUUGAAGAGUUAAUCACUUGUUGAUGUAUAGCUGCUGUUUACAUGUUUUCGUUUUUUAUUCUUACAUUGUUCCAUCUCCAGAGAUU